AUGAUGUCACAUAGUUACAACCCUGCUGAACUUUCUAGAAAGGACAAGAGAAGACACAACCUCGAGAGCAAAGUCUCUAAAAUCCACACGAAUUUCGUCUCAAACAGAGAUACUCACUACAAGGAUCGAUUGACCACUUUGCAAACGGAUUUGACUUCAUUACACCAAGGUAACAACAAAAAGUUUUUGAGAAGAUUGCGAGACUUGGAAGAAAAUAGAGAUCUGGAACUGAUUCGGUUGAGACUCUUCGAAGAGUACCGUAUCUCUCGUUCCUCCAUCGAGUUCCAGGAGGAUAUAGAAAAGGCCAAAAACGAAUACGAGACUUUGGUCAAGCUAUGCAAAGAAAAGCUCUACGAAUCGAUAGAGAAUAGAAUCAAAUCGUUGCAAGAGGAAAGACUGCUCAUGGAUGUGGCAAACGCUCACUCAUACGCAAUGGACUAUAACAGAACCAGAUUUCAGAAGAACACGAGAAGCCAUACCGCUAGUGGCUGGGAAUCUUCUUCAAAUACAGAAUUCGCACAACAGAGCAACAACAACAACAACAACAACAACAACAACAACAACAACAACAACAACAAUGGAGGAGCCACCAGUGGGCUGAACAACAGAGAUUCUGCAAAUGAAAGUGCCACUGAUACAGGCACUGAAAGGAGAUCGUUGCGUAGAAGAGUAGCCGCUAAAAACACUGGAUCAGCAAUGAAGAAUAUCGAUGAACAGUCUGAUUUCCAAACCGGUGGGUACUCGACCACUGGAGGUGGAGGAAACACGAACAUUAUGGGCACCAGUGCCACGACGAAUAGCAUAGGGGCCGCAGGUGGUGCCAUGAGUCCCGAUGUGAACUCUGAUUCGGAUUUCAUGCAAUAUAUAAGCGACCACUCUGAACUGCACAACCUGCUGUUUGGAGGUGAUGGCGAAGGCAAGGACAUUAAUACAUCUAGCAAGAAGAAACCCAAGAACAGCCAGAGGUACAGCGCCAAGAGUGCACCACCGCUGCCCAGUCUUCAAUUCGAAGAAGUCAGUAAUGAUAUAGCUACGAUUCGACAACUAACUGGGCAACCCCCAGCACCAUUCAAAUCAAACAUAGAUGUAUAA